CGUUUCACUCCCAUGGCUUACUUUGGACCAAUCGCGCGUUCCUCUCCUGUGGCUCACUUUUGACCAAUCGCGUUUCUCUCCUGAGGUAAACUUUUUAACCAAUCACCGGCAGCUAUUAUUAUCAUCUUUGAGUUAGCGAUAGAAAAUGUAUGCGUAUCCUGUUUUUCAACGGCAAUCGGCAACAUCAAGCCGACUCCUCAUGGCACCAUCAGCAGAGGCAAAGCGCCUAGAAAAGCUUGAGUCCGGAAGGGCCAAAAGUAAAGAGGAGGUGCUGGCAGAGGCUAGAGCUUUUGUCAGCACAAAUGGUGGAGACCCCAGUGACCAGUUUUUAGUUCUCGCUCACUGCAAACUUCAGUUUGGGAAGUACCAGGGCCAGCGAUUUAGAUGGCUCCUGGAAAACUCUCUGGGGUAUGCAGUGUAUUUGGUGCUUAGCAGUUCCAGUGAGAAAGCCCAUCCAAACCCGCUGUCAGAAAACAAACAGCUGUACUUGCAGUAUACUUCUCUUAUAAGAGAGAUGGCAGAAGAAGUGGAGAAGUAUAAGAGAAAGCAGGAAAUGCAAGCAGAAGCCCAUGCAACUGGAGACCAAGGCUGCUUGAUGGUGGAGUUUGGUGACUUCCAGGGCCGGUCCAUGAAGGAUGUUUAUGAGGACCAGAGCAAGCAGGCCCAAGCCCUCAUCAGGUACCUGAUAAAGGCAAAUCCCAACCCCAACACCAACAUGGCCAUUUUCAAGACGUAUGUCUUGAAAAGACAGGCUUCUGCUGUGGGCACCCGUGUAUGCCAGCCUGCACCUCAAGUUGCAUCCUCCAGUGCCUCUGCACCUCCACCUGCAACCUCCAGUUCCUCUGUACAUCCACGUGCAACCUCCAGUGCCUCUGCACCUCCACCUGCAACCCCCAGUUCUUCUGUACCUCCACCCGCAGCCAUCAAAACUGGUGUACACCAGAGCGCCACUGUGAAAGCACUGUUGACGCGUGGCAAACAUUUGUCUCCUUCACACCUGGCGAGAAAACUCAUGUCACCAGUGAAACACUAUCCAUUGCUGCAGUCCACUUUACCUCCUCCAGCAGCAGAACCCCCAGUCACACAUUUGACCCGAAGGCAGCUUUUCACUACUGGCACUUCCGUUUCCCCUGCUGAAGAUGAUGAUGAUGAGGAACUGGUAUUUGCUGCAUCACAAUGUGAAGCACAGCUAAAUACAGAGACCUGUUCUGGUCCGUCUCCAUCAGCGGAAACAGCAAAAGCACCAGGUCUUCCACAUCAUCCACCACCAGCUGAGCUUCCAGUUCACUGGAAAGAUCAUCUUCCACCUUUCCAGCAUGAGUGGAUACGGAACACACUAUUUAAGGCCAACCCGCGAACCGGCAAGCCAGAACUAGUGUCCCAACUGAAGCUUUGGUGGUACCCUCCUCAGGUCCCUUUAAUUCACACUCAGCUGCCCGCCUCACCUGACCUCUUCUUCUGUCGGCCCCUUUUCUUAUGGAUGCCGCUCAAGAUGUGGCGAUUUCCUCUUGUCUGUGUUCGACCAGACUGUGAUAAGCACAAACUAACAGCCGCAGGACUUUACCGUACCGUGCGCAAAGUCUUGGACAUCGACGGUUGGUAUGAUCUUGCCACUGAGUAUCUGGAGUGCAAACGCUGCAAAAAGAAAUAUCCCGCCUGGUCCGAGGACAUUUUGGGGCAACUGGAUAUGGGCCACCGCAGUCAGUUUCCAGCUUUGCUGACAUACAGAUACUCAUGUGACAACCGGGUGCUGAGGAUGAUGAGGGAGAGGACACAGGGCAACAGCGUGACACAGCUGUACAAGAAGCUCAUGGAACAACACAGUGAGGCAUGGACACAGCGUGUCCUUCAGUACCUGACUGCCUGUGAACCAUUUACAAGGUCCUUCCUUGUGCAGCCACCUGUGUUUGCCGAGCCUCCCUCUUUACCUGCCCUACCUAAACCUAAGUGGCUGUUAGCCGUGUACGCCAGGGAUGUUCUGGGCCGACUGCACGAGGUCAAAGCCAAAAUUACAUCUGUCUUGGGCUGUGUUCUAAAGAUGGACUCCACAAAGAAGGUCACAAAGAAACUUGCCGGUGCUGCUGCAGGAACAGCUGCCUGGUGCACAAAUGUAGGAAACGAACACGGCCAAGUCCUUGUCUCUGUGCUGACAGCCGCAGAGGGACAUGGACUGCACCCUAUGGCAGCUGGCUUAAUGAAACGCUACCGGGAGGCAGGAGAGGCAGCCCCGAAAGUGAUGUACGUGGACAGAGAUUGCUGCAGUCUUCAUGGCAAGUCUCAGGUGAAGGUCAUGUUUUCGGAGUGGGAUGAGCUUGAAGUGCGCCUUGACAUCUGGCAUUUCAUGCGGCGAUUUGCUGCAGGUGUCACGACAGAGGCUCAUCCGCUCUACGGGACCUUCAUGGCACGUCUGUCCAUGUGCAUCUUUCAGUGAGAUUCAG